AAAAUAAAUUCAGCCAUUAUAUAUCAAGAUUGCUGCAUUUACACUUAUUAAUUCUAAUGCCGUUACAAUUUCAACAUUAGCAAAAAUAAACAAAGAAAAAUUGAGCAUCAAUGGAGAUUGCAUUAGAUAAACAAUCAGCGGUGAUCGAGCACAAGUCCUAUGCCAGAGUUGGACUGCUUGGAAACCCUAGCGACGUUUAUUUUGGGAAUACAAUUUCUUUUAGCCUCGGAAAUUUUUGGGCUUCAGUUCGUCUAGAGCCUUCUACAGAUCUCGUCAUUGUUCCUCACCCUUCUCACGAUCUCGUUCAGUUCAAUUCAAUUUCUCACCUGGUGAACAGAUUGCAGAAUGAGGGGUACUAUGGAGGAGUGCGUUUACUUAUGGCUAUUUGUAAAAUAUUUCACAAGUAUUGCAAGGAGAACAAUAUUACAUUACAUGAUGGAAAUUUCACUCUCUCGUAUGACACUAACAUUCCCCGUCAGACAGGGCUUUCAGGUUCCAGUGCAAUUGUUAGUGCCGCACUGAGUUGCCUUCUUGACUUUUACAAAGUCAGACACCUAAUCAAAGUUGAGGUACAUAGUACAGUUCGACAGAGAUGGUUAGAAGGUGAUGAAUUCAUAAGAUCAACCAUGGAAGAGGUUGCAAACAUAGCUGUGGAGGGACGGAAAGCACUUCUUGAGAAGGACUACAUUAAGUUGGUGGCCCUCAUGAAUCAUAAUUUUGACCUGAGACGGCGUAUGUUUGGAGAUGAUGCCCUUGGAGCUAUGAAUAUAGAGAUGGUUGAAAUUGCUCGAAGGAUAGGUGCUGCUUCCAAGUUCACCGGAAGUGGUGGGGCUGUGGUUGUGUUCUGUCCGGAUGGACCUUCACAAGUGAAGCAGUUGGAGGACGCAUGCCACAGUGCUGGUUUCACUUUCCAGCCAAUUAAAGUUAUGCCUUCGUUUCUAAGCGAAGUUGAUCUUCAAACUCUGGGAUCACAUUGAAAAUCAUGACCUGCUUGCUAAAUAUGGAGCCCUCUGUAUUCUUUAUUCCUUUCACCUUUUAUUGGUCUAUGCUAAGCUUAUCGGGAAGUAUGUACCAUUGCCCUUUGUUAUUUUAUUUGUUCUGAAUAAUGAUCAUGAGAAUUACACAUAUCUUCAUGCAACUUGAGCAAUCAAAUCCUUUAAAAACA